UGAACUAUGAUGACACUUGCAAUGAAAACCGGCUGUAAAACCCUAUGUAUCGAACUAAUACAUAAUUUAUAACUGACAAAUAAUCAUGCUCGACGUCUCGUCUAAUUUUGGCAAAACUUUCGUAUAUCACUCGUACAAAAAAUUCGUACGCUGUCGCACCAUAGUAAUGAUAGUAUUAUUACCUACACUAAUUACAAUUUGCAAAGUUGAUUUACAAAAAUUGUCAAACACUCAUUAGCCAAGCUGGACGUUUCGUUAUAAUAGUGACAUAAUGUCGAACUUAUCCUGAUUUUCCAAGGUUCUUUGAAUAUCACUGAAUAAAAGCCCCGACGUAGGCGUACCUCGCCUUUCACGAUUACUUAUACCCAUUCGUAUCACCGUAGGCAAUAAUCAUGGGGGAAACUACCUGCUAUUGUUCAAUUGCAGUUUGUAUUGAACAAAAGAAUCCAGAAAUUGAACAGUUAUUACAGGAUUAUCUCAAAGAGAUAAGACUUCCUUUCAACAUACUGGAAUUUGGUAACUCUGGAAAUUUCACAACUGAACCGAAUGAAGCUUUAAAAAUCAGGUCAUUGGAAGAAAAUUCGGCGCAAUCGCAUGCGAUUUGUUUUUUCCUAAAAGAGGAUACAGACCUGGAGUUCACGCUUAAAAGUCAUCUCGAGGGAUUACCAUGGGAACUUGAUCACGUGAUUGAAAGUUCCCGGAUUGAACGACCGCGGACAAUCGCAAGACAAGAGUUUUACAGAUGUUCGUAUGAUAUGCCAUUGAUAUCAGUCGGUAGCGUACAUUACGGAAACGAACAUGUUCGAUUUCAUAUCAAUGUGAAAAAUUUCCACGCGAUGAAAGUAUUCUACGAAAGUAUUACAGACAGGAAAGCAAAGGAUUGUGGGCCGGAUUUUUGCUUCCUCACGACAUACUCGGAAGACGGUCUGGAUGUUCAAAUCGGUUUGAAGAAAAAUUCAACUGUGUUGCCCUUACGGAGUAGUUUGUUUCGACUGAAAUUUAAAGUCCAAAGCGCAUCUCCGCUGUUUGAGUUUUUGGCAUCGGCCCAACAUUUAUCAAACCAAUCAAAUUACAUUCUUCAAGACCCAGAUGGCAAUGACGUCAUCAUUGAAAGGUCUGAUUCCAAAGUUAGCAACUUUCAUUGCGAGUUGCCUAAUGAAGUUGAUGAAAACAACAAUUUUGAAUCAAAGAUUUUGGAAGAGAGUUCGAAUUCGAAUUCUAGGCUAAGAAAACAUAUGUGGAGUAAAAAUGAGUACUCUGAACAUGGUCUGUUUCCUGAAGAAGCCAUGUCUAGUGUUGAUGGUUCCCUAAGCAAGAGUGAGGACAGUGAGUCUGAAUGCAUGGUCAUCGUGAAUCACGCAUACGAAGAACAUAUAACUUUUGUAUGAAGGCGAAAAGUA